AUGCACCAAAUCUUUCUCCUCCCCGAGCUCCUCGGUCCAAUCCUCUCUUACCUCCCGCAGCGCGACCUCCUCCUCGCCCAGCGUGUAAACCGAACAUGGAACACCCUCAUCACGCACAACAAGACCCUCCAGCAGAAGCUCUUUUUCGAACCAACCCGCUCCCAUUUUCAAUCCACUAAAGAGUUCCCUGUCACAUUCAACCCCCUCCUGCAAGAGCUAUUCCCGGCAUUCUACCCCGACGACGAAAAUCGGAAAUUGCAGGACGAGGACGAGGACGAGGACGAGGACGAGGACCCGUGCAUCGGGACAAGCUGCCCGCUCUCCCAAAAUGCGCCCGCCGUCCUGCGCGAGCAGGCGUGGUUCGUGGACGAGCGCACAAGACAAGCCGUCCUGCGUCCGGAGGCCUCGUGGCGCCGCAUGUUCCCGUCGGAUCCGCCGCCCAGACUGGGGUGUAUAGAGAUGUGGCUUGGUGGGUGCUGCUGCGGGGGGAACGUCAUUUCUGCAUCCCUUUCAACUCCGUUUGACGGGACGAAUCGAGAACAGGGGAUUAGGAUGGGCAUGCUCUGGGAUGCGGUCUUCUUUGUUGUCGAUGAUAAUCCGAGUGGUGGGUUCUCUGUUCGCUGGUGGCGCGACCCGCAGGUCCAGGACGAGGACGAGAAAAGCCCGACACCACGAGAGGGAUCACGGACUUCGCCGGAUAGCAAGUAUGUUCUCGAGUUGACGGUCGAGGCGGAGUGUUCGUGGCCAUGUUAUAACUGUGACGCCCAGUAUAGCCCGUCUGGACUGAAGAUCGUUGAUGGCGAGGAUCUGGUGGUGUAUCGGGAGGAUGAUGCGCAGCUGUUGGAGCUGGAAGCGACCCCGUUGAGUGUAAGGAGGAGGAAUCCCGGUGUGGACAGACCGUACGAUCGAUAG